AUGAAGCGGCAAAGUACCGAUGCCUACGAGCCUAACGGCAUCGGCGACUCGGGCCGCGGAAAGAAGCGUAAGAUUGGUGAUGAGACCCUUCCUUUGGGAGUCAAUCUGUAUACACGAGACAGCAUUCCUUGGGACCUUCUUCAUUAUUGGCAUCAGAGGUACUCGCUAUUUUCACUGUGGGACGAUGGAAUUUGGAUCACGGACGAAGGUUUCUACAGCGUUACUCCCGAAUCUGUCGCCAGAAAAAUUGCCCGACAUAUACUACCGCCGGACCUAGCGAAGCCCCAGAUUAUCCUAGAUGCAUUUUGUGGAGUUGGAGGAAACGCGAUACAGUUUGCACUUUCGCCUCAAUGCGAGAGAGUGAUUGCUCUUGAUCACGACGAGGCAACAAUUGAAUGCGCAAAACACAAUGCAAGAAUAUACGGCGUAGAAGACAAGAUCGAGUUUAUAAAAUCGGAUUUUUUUGAGUUUGCAGAAAAUUGGAAAGGGGAUGUCGAACUUGGUGCAGUGUUUUUGAGCCCUCCCUGGGGAGGACCGAGUUACAAAUAUGAAGAAGUGUUCAACCUGGAAGAUAUGACCUAUGGAGGCGCGGAGAUCUACGCUGCAGCCCGAAAGAUUUCACCGGAUCUUGUCCUCUAUCUACCUAGGAACGGCGACUUGAAUCAGAUAGCAAAAUAUGAUCCUGAAGCCAAAACAAUCAGAGUAGUUCACUACUGCUACAAAUCGAGAAGCAAAGCUAUAUGCGCAUAUUUUGGUAAAACGGGCGUUGGCUUACCGUAA